UCAGCCGCUUAGCUUCUUCGGCUAACAAUUGCUCCGGAGUCAGCGGUGUCGGAAAGUACGCAACUUUGCGAAAGGUCUCACUGUGCUUUUUCCGCUGUUUCUUAUCGACUGUGAUCAGUAAGGGAAAGGGUUUUAUGUUUGGCUUAACAAGCUUAUAAGUCACGGCGCCGCUGUCGGGUACGCAUUCCGCUUUUAACCGCAGCCAAUCCUGUGUCCGGUAAUUGAAGGAGGACGAGCGCGCGGACUGACUGACGAAAUUAGUGCGAAUCCCCAAGAAUCGUUUGUCGGGGAAGGGAAAAGAAAGGUCACCACGGGAAAGACCUCGAUACGCUAACAUUGCUUAAAUUAGGAUAAGUAAUUUAUCCCUCAAAUUUCAGCUUUACGCUUAUUACAUAUGCUACAGUACUUCGUGUACUGCGUUGCCUUAAAUUUUGGGUCCCUAAAUACUCUGAAUCCAGAAUUCGAAACCAGAAAGCAGUCUAACGAGAUCUAAAUACUGUAAAGUAACCAACAAAAAAAAAUUAAACUGACCAACCAAAAGUUCGUCAUCUGAGUGCGAAUAAUGAGCAUCUAUAUCGACGCGAGCGCUUUCCAGGAAAUUACCUCAACAAUGCGCCAACUAAAAUCCCUGCUAGACCGCAAACUACAAGAACAGCUGACCGUGGAACGGUGCUACCAGGACAAAUGCCACAACCUCUUCCUACAACUGCAGCAGGCCACCAACCAAUUGAAGUCCCUCCAGGACACCCGCACCAGUCUCCAGCAGCGUCACGAUUCAGAGCUGCACCUCCUGACCUCGCAGGUGGAAUUCCUAAAGAAGGAGGUGCAGGUGCUCAAGUGCAGCGAGUGCGUCGAUCCGGCGCGAUCACAGAUGGCGCCGCAUCGCCGACAGAUCGAACAGUUGGAACGCUCAAAUCAGCAGCUGAGCGCCGAAUUAACGCGCUGGCAGGCACUGCACAACAUUGUCCGCAAAGAGAUGGGAGUGGUCGUGCAGCUGCAGAGUAGCCGGCAAGGACUUCGUGCUGAUCAUGAGCAGUGGUUGAUGGGGGCGUACCGGGCGCUGGAAGACAACUACCGCAAUUUGCUGUCGAAGUACACCGCGCUGCAACGGCAACAAGGUUGUGACCUUUGCCAUGAGACUUUUGUGGAGACGCUCCCCGCGGAGACGCCGCGGAAAUCGGUGAACGAAGAUGGUCCACGAAAGUCCGUGACGGCGAAGAAAUCGGUGAAGAUCAGUGACGAUACGAAAGUCGAAGAACCAGUAAACGACAACGAUAAUAAUGAAGAUGGCGAAAAAAAUGGCGACAAUAUCGCAAACGAUAUGCUUCCAAACGGCGAAGUUAACAAAGUAACAGUUAGAAAAUCCGUUAAGGGGUUGGAUCAAAUAGAAAAUGCUCCUAACGAUCCUAAUCAGACUGAUAUCCCUACAAAAAAGUCACUAAAUUUGAACGGUGACAAAAAGAGUCAAAGUAUAGCCAAUGCCACCCAACCCGAGAUGAAACCGAGCGACAGCGAUAAGGAGAAAGUUAUUGAAACGCUACAGCAGGAACGUCGCGAAUCGCUGAAAAAAAUUGACGAGCUCAACGAUGCGCUAAAAUCUCAAAAAGAGGAACUCGUCGAGCUAAAGAAAGACCGCCGAUUUAGUAGUGCAGCGUCGAUCAAAGCGCAAGAAAGUGCGAUCAAAUCCACGGAAGCGGAAAAAGCAACCGUGGAAAACCGAGUGAAAUCCAUCAGUAAAUCCUUAUCCAUUAUGCAGUCCAACAGUGCCGAGAACGAGCGCUUAAAAAACGAGAACAGCGUCCUUAAGCAGGAACUUCGCAAAUCCCUCGAUCUCGUCGACCGACAGGCAUUCCAGCUGAAAAAGGAGAAACGCUCCUUUUUUGAUGAGACUGACAGCAGCGUCAGCAUCGACGAGCAUCCGGCGGUGCCCGGCGGCGAACCGUCGGCCACCGACGCCAGCAGCCAUGAGUUCGACGGCGCCGGUAAGCCCACGGCGGACCUGGGCGCCUCGUCUCUCUCGGUGGCGCCGGCGACCCGGAAGUCAACAAACCCGAGUGUAGUGGUAACGGCUCCUUCAGGUGAGGCUUCCGGGAACGCCGAAAACCAGCUUAUCGCGGAGAAAAGGAAAAGUUCUGGAAUGCAUCUGGAGCCACCCCGCAAAUCGGUCAUCCAGCGAAAGAGCAGCGAAGGAAAGACGGGACAAUAA